AUGGAGAAAAAUACGAAAGAGGAAUACGCUGGAAAUCCUAUGCAGGAGUUCAACAGCAGGUACAGAUUACUAAAUUUACAUUUUAUUUGCAAUUUCAUUAACGUUGUUUGAACGUACGAUAUCGAAUUGAAUUUAUCUCGGUGCACAUGGAAGAUCAACAAACACAGAGUCGACAAAUUCUUUGAUUACACGCCAUUCGUGGCAAUGCAGCAUGAUAUGACAUGUUGUUUUGAUGCACACGAUCGAAGAAGAAUUGAAUCGUGCAUUAUCGUUAAAUUAAUUGAUUCAAUUUCAAUUAAGGCGAUAUAGUUGUUUGUAAAUAUAUAUUAAAAAGGAAAACGAUAUCGAUCUAUGAAUUAUUGAAAACGAACGUUGAUACUGAUGAAAUAAAUAAACAAAUUGAAGCAAGAACAUAGUAAAUGCAAUGCAAUGACGUAUCUUCUUCUUUUUUUUUUCAUGUCGCCAGUACGAAAAUAGCUAGCGUCGCAAUUGGAGAAUUCAACGAGAAGAACGAACUGUACAAUCCCUUCGAGCACCGUGACAAGAAGAACAGCAACUCGUAAGCUAUCUUCCUUUUAGAUCGCGACAAGUAAUAAGUAACCUCAGUGGCCAAGAGUGAGCACGUCUGGACUUUACCAGAUUUUUCAAAUUUCAACUUGACCGUACGAAUACAUAAACAAAUUGAAUUUGAAUAAAAAUCAGAAACAGAUUGUUACAAAAAAAAAAAAAAAAAAAGUAACAGUCGUUGGUGUGAUAAACGAAAAGAUUGUGUCCACGUUGCAGAGAUUUCGGUGCUCUAGCCAACUUGCUGAAAUCGUCGCUCGGUACCGGGAUCCUUGCCAUGCCGAACGCGAUUAAGAACGGCGGGGUGCUGUUCGGUGGAAUCGGUACGAUAAUAAUUGGUUUAGUAUGCGCGCAUUGCGUUCACAUACUGGUUCGUUCGUCGCACGUGCUAUGUAAGAAAACGAAAACGCCGCAGAUGACGUACGCCGAGACGGCGGAGGCUGCGUUUCUUAACGGCCCGAAAACGUUGAGGCCCUUCGGCAACGCCAGUCGAAGGUUUGUAAAUGCUGCACUGGCCGCAACUCACGGGGGUGGCGCCUGCGUCUACGUGGUAUUCGUAGCGACCUCGCUUAAACAGAUAGUGGACUACUACAGCGACAUGGACAUACCGAUUCGCUUGUACAUACUUACGUUGAUUCCUGCGGUCUUGCUGCUCGGACAGAUUCGAAGCUUGAAGUACAUGGCGCCGUUUUCCAUUCUGGCCAACUUCUCCAUAAUGAUCGGCUUCGUUAUAAUCCUGUACUACGUGUUCAACGGUAUUGAGAUACCGCAGGACGUGAAGCUGAUAGCGUCUGUCGGCCAGUGGCCUAGUUUUUUCGCCACUGUGCUAUUCGCCAUCGAGGGCAUCGGCGUCGUGAUGCCUGUAGAAAAUAGCAUGCAGAAUCCGCAACACUUCCUCGGUUGCCCGAGCGUGCUGAACAUAUCGAUGAGCGUAGUGGUGACUUUGUACGCUGUGAUGGGUGUGUUCGGUUACUUGAAGUACGGGGAAGCGGUCGAGGGGAGUAUCACGCUGAACAUACCGCUGACAGAAAUCCCAGGACAGGUAGUGAAGCUGUUUAUCUCUUUGGCGGUAUUGUUUACCUACGGUUUACAACUCUUCGUGCCGCUGGACAUCAUUUUGAAAGUAGUGAAGGAAAGAUGCAGCUACAAGUAUCAAAACACUGCUGAAAUAUUAUUGAGACUAGGCAUGGCUUUGUUAACAAUUGCUGUUGCGUGCCUAAUCCCAAACCUCGAACCUUUCAUUUCGCUAGUCGGCUCAGUAUUCUUCUCUAUCCUCGGUGUCACAGUUCCAGCGAUCAUAGAAACGAUUUCAUGCUGGGACGGACACUUGGGUCGGUACAAAUGGAGACUAUGGAAGAACUCUGUGCUUGUGAUAUUUUCUGUUAUGGCGCUAGUAUUCGGCUCGUGGGUCUCCAUCCUAGAAAUAAUACAAAUGUAUCGCGAACAAUAG